AUGCUCUGCAGUGCAACCAGACUUGGUAGCUUGUUCCGCGCCCCCCUCCCCCACGCCAACAUCAUCACCGGCAAGUGGGUCUUCAAGCACAAGUUCGCUCCGGAUGGCACUCUUGACCGUCAUAAGGCCCGCUGGGUGGUUCACGGCUAUCCCCAGCGUGCCAGCGUUGACUUCACCGACACCUUCGCCCCGGUCUUCUGUCAGCAGCCUACCGGCUUCGUCGACAACGCCCACCCCGACGACGUGUGCCUGCUCUCGCGCUCAUUAUAUGGGCUCAAGCAGGCGCCCCGGCUCCACCACUUUCUCCUCUACGUCGACGACAUCAUCCUGACGGCAUCCACCGCGGACCUUCUACGACAGCUCACUGAUCGUCUCCGCGCCGAGUUCGCCCUGAAGGACUUGGGGCCUCUGCAUUACUUCCUCGGCAUCGAGGUCGUCCUCCGUGCCGAUGGCUUCUUCCUUCAUCAGCGCAAGUACGCCCACGAGCUCCUUGACCGCGCUGGUAUGCUUAACUGCAAACCCGCGGCCACCCCCGUCGACACGAAGGCCAAGCUCUCCGCCACGGAUGGGAUAUCGGCGUCGGACGCGUCGUCUUACCGCUCCAUCAUUGGCGCAUUGCAGUACCUCACUAUGACCCGCCCCAAGCUGCAGUAUGCUGUUCAGCAGGUGUGCCUCCAUAUGCAUGCUCCACGUGACUCCCAUUGGACCGUGGUGAAGCGGAUCCUUCGCUAUAUCCACCGCACUCUCGGCCUCGGGCUCUCUCUACACGCCGGCACCACCAUGGACAUCGUCGCCUAUUCGGGCGCUGAUUGGGCCGGCUGCCCCAACACGCGGCGAUCCAUGUCUGGUUACUGCGUCUACCUUGGCUUGUCCCUCAUAUCCUGGUCAUCCAAGCGACAGCCCACAGUUUCUCGCUCUAGCGUCGAGGCAGAAUACCGAGCUAUGGCUAACGCGGUCGCCGAAGUCUCAUGGCUACGGCAGCUUCUUGGAGAGCUCCCGUGUCCUAUCGACAAGGCCACCAUGGUCUACUGCGAUAACGUUUCCGCUGUCUACCUCUCCGCCAACCCCGUUCAUCACCGCCUCACCAAGCACAUCGAGUUGGACAUCCACUUUGUUCGCGAAUAG